CAGAGUCCAGGGCUCCCGUUCAGGCUUUCCUGCAUUCUCAGGCCCUCCCUGCCCUCAGCACACCCGUCGUCGGACAAGACCGGGCUGGAGUAGGGAGACCUGGGUUGUAAUCCUGUGUUAGAAAAAGCGCAUCCUCUUUGGCCAGUGUGAGGCCUGCUAGGAAGAGCAUGAGGUUUCAGAAUUUAAAAAUGAGAGAAAAUGACGUUCUCUUCAAAUAUAGACUUGAGUGUGCCGCUUGACCCCAAUGAGCCUCAGUUUCCACAUCUAUAAAAAUGGCGACGGGCUACAAGUCUCCUGUGGUCGCUGGGGCUAGAGCUUGACUCUGGAGAGAGGAAGGAAGAAUGGCAGCCUGGUGAAGAGGCAGAGAAACCUGAGGAAGCUCAGUCCUGGCAGCAACACCCCUGAAUUCCUGUGGUGAGAGGAUGUGGCCCCUGGACCCAUCCCGGAAAGAGGUGCUGAGGUUUGCGGUCAGCUGCCGGGUCCUGACUCUGGUGCUACAGGCUCUCUUCAAUGCCUUCAUCCCAGAUCACCAUGCUGAAGCCUUCUCUCCUCCUCGCCUUGCGCCCUCGGGCUCUGUGGACCAGCUCGUGGAUGGUCUUCUGGGUGGCCUGUCUCACUGGGAUGCUGAACACUUUCUGUUCAUUGCUGAGCAUGGCUACCUGUAUGAGCACAACUUUGCCUUCUUCCCUGGUUUCCCCCUGGCCCUGUUGGUGGGGACUGAAUUGCUGAGACCUCUGCGGGGGUUACUGAGCCUACGGAGUUGCCUAUUAAUCUCAGUAGCAUUGCUCAAUUCCUUGUUCUCUAUUCUGGCUGCACUUGCACUUCACGACCUGGGCUGUCUGGUUUUGCACUGUCCCCGCCAGGCCUUUUACGGAGCACUGCUUUUCUGCCUCAGCCCUGCCAAUGUCUUCCUGGCUGCUGGUUACUCAGAAGCUUUGUUUGCCCUCCUGACAUUCACCGCCAUGGGGCAGCUGGAAAGGGGCCGAAGCUGGACUAGUGGACUCCUCUUUGCCCUUGCUACUGGUGUUCGCUCCAACGGGCUGGUCAGCAUUGGCUUCCUUGUACAUUCUCAGUGCCACGGCUUUUUCUCUUCUCUCCUGGUGCUGAAUCCUCUGAGACAGCUCUUGAAGCUGAUGGGCUCUGUGUUCCUGUCUGUGCUCACACUUGGUCUUCCCUUUGCCCUCUUUCAGUAUUAUGCCUACACCCAGUUCUGUCUGCCAGGCUCAGCCCGCUCCAUCCCCAAGCCCUUGCUGCAGUUAGCUGUGGACAAGGGCUACCGGAUUGCAGAGGGAAAUGAACCACCUUGGUGCUCCUGGGAACUUCCGCUGAUAUACAGCUAUAUCCAGGAUGUCUACUGGAAUGUUGGCUUUUUGAGAUACUAUGAGCUUAAGCAGGUGCCCAAUUUUCUGCUGGCUGCACCAGUGGCUGUACUGGUUAUCUGGGGAACGUGGACAUACGUGACCACCCACCCGUGGCUCUGCCUUACACUUGGGAUGCGAAGGAACAAGAGCGAUGAGACUCUAGAGAAACCUGAUCCUGGAUUCCUCAGUCCUCGGGUGUUUGUGUACCUGGUUCACGCUGCAGCGCUGCUGCUAUUUGGCAGUUUGUGCAUGCACGUUCAGGUUCUCACCAGGUUUUUGGGUUCCUCCACUCCUAUUGUGUACUGGUUUCCAGCUUACUUGCUUCAGCAUCAAGAGCCACUUCUGAGAUCUCUAGAGACUGUGCCUUGGAAGCCUCUUGCAGAAGACUCCCCACCAGGACAAAAGGUCCCCAGAAACUCUAUCAUGGGACUUUUGUACAACUGGAAAACCUGUUCUCGAGUCACACGAUGCAUUCUAGGCUACUUCCUGACUUACUGGCUCCUGGGACUACUCCUGCAUUGCAACUUCCUGCCUUGGACAUGACCUGGAGUCUCAGGGGACAGACUUGAAGCCAACUUAACCAGGAAUUGAAAGUACAAAUAUAUAAAAACACUGCCUGCACUGC